AUGGGAUGGAUCCCCUCGCUAUGGACGACGGCACAGGCGGUUCUCAGCGUCUUUGUCCUGGGCGUGGCCAGCACGGCAGGGCUGCUGUACCGCUACCAGCGAUCGCUCGUCUAUCCCUCCAACUUUCCCCAGGGCUCACGCACUGACGUGCUGACGCCCGACCACUUUGGCAUUCCCUACGAGGACCUCAGGCUGACGACGCCUGACGGCGAGACACUCCAUGCGUUUCUCAUGCCGCAAAAGACUGCAAGCGAGAAGGAAAAGGCGAGAGGAGAGAACCUCGACCCAGACGAGACGGUCAAGAGGCGGCCAACGAUUCUCUUUCUGCAUGCCAACGCAGGCAACAUGGGCCACCGCUUGCCGCUCGCCUCGGUCUUCUACAAGCGCUUCGGCUGCAAUGUACUCAUGCUGUCCUACCGCGGCUACGGGCUCUCGACGGGCCAGCCGUCAGAGCAAGGGAUCCGCAUCGACGCCCAAACGGCUCUCGACUGGAUCAGGAAGCACGAGGCGCUACAAAAGACCGUCAUUGUCGCAUACGGUCAAAGCAUCGGAGGCGCCGUGGCCGUCGACCUUGUCUCCCGAAAUACUAAGAGUAUCUACGCCCUCAUUCUCGAAAAUACGUUCCUCAGCAUCCCAGAACUCAUCCCCCAUGUACUCCCGCCCGUCCGACCGUUUGCGUUUCUCUGCCGCGAAUACUGGCCGACGGGCGAGUCAAUCAAGCUGAUCCCCAAGACGACGCCGAUUCUCUUUCUAAGCGGCCGAAUGGACGAGCUGGUGCCCCCGUCGCACAUGGACGCCCUGCUUGCGCGAUGUGCGAGCGAUGUCAAGGUCUGGAAGAGCUUUGCCGAGGGGACGCACAACGACACGUGUGUCAAGCAUGGCUACUUUGAGUCCAUCGGACUCUUCCUCACCACCUUUAUCAAGGACGAAAAACUCGACGCGCUCCGCAUCAUCGAGACGGGCCAGGGGACAUCGUCUCGCUCCAGGUCACAUUCAGGAAGCAGGGCAAAGCUGGCAAGGAGUGCAUCGACCGGAAGCUCGAGCAGCUCGGACGCACGACGCAGAAAGACAACCGCGGCUACUGCUCAAGGCGAGAGGACCCAUGACUCAGAUGCAAAAUGGGUCGAGAUGAGCGCAAAGGACGCAGAGACAGCUGGGCCUUUGACAUGA